CUGACUUUCCUUCUGACUUCUGCGGACUUUCAUGACUAGUCUGAUCUCCCCCACUCUCUAUUAGAUCUUCAGCUGCAAGCUUCAAGCAGAGCAAAAUGGAUUCAUCAGCAUCCGGGAUUGUGAGGGCAAAGUCAGAGCAGCUCGAGACGGCGACGAUCAUGUCUCUCAGCCGCACGGCAUCGGUGGAAGCACAAACGAUACCGGAGACAAACAUUAGCAGUGGGCUGAGUCUUCCCACGAAGCUGCCAAGUGCCGGAAAGAAGUCAAUUGGAACCUCACCUGGAAAGAAGAGUAGCAAUCACCAUGUAAGGAAAUCUAGAAGCGCACAGCUGAAGGUUGAGUUGGAGGAUGUCAGCAGCGGUGCAGCUCUCAGCCGAGCUUCCAGUGCUAGCUUAGGCUUUUCCUUCUCUUUCACUGGCUUCACCGCUACUCCCGAAGACAUUAUUGCUGAUCUUAGGCCUUCCAGUGAAGAAGAAAAUGCAGUAGAUCUAGAGGCUGGAGUGAAGCAGAAAAGAAUGAUAUUGGAACCAACCUUGCCGAUUUACCUCAAGUUUUCAGAGGUUAAAUACAAGGUAAUCCUCAAAGGCGUAACAAGAAGCACUGAGAAAGAAAUCAUUCACGGAAUUACAGGUUCAGCGAGCCCAGGGGAGGUCCUGGCACUCAUGGGGCCUUCUGGCAGUGGAAAGACUUCCCUUCUCAGCCUGCUUGGUGGAAGGAUUCAUGGAAACACAGUUGAAGGGUUAAUUACAUACAAUGAAAAACGAUACAACAAAUCACUAAAACGCAGGAUAGGUUUUGUGACACAAGAUGAUGUUCUGUUCGCACAUCUUACCGUGAGAGAAACACUUACCUAUUCAGCUCUCCUACGGCUUCCAAAUACGAUGAGCAAGCAGCAGAAGGAAGAAAGAGCUACAAAUGUCAUCCAUGAGCUUGGGCUUGAUAGGUGCCAAGAUACCAUGAUUGGAGGAUCUUUUGUGAGGGGGGUAUCAGGAGGUGAGAGAAAAAGAGUCUGCAUAGGAAACGAGAUCAUUAUUAAUCCAUCCUUGUUAUUUCUUGACGAGCCAACUUCUGGCUUAGAUUCAACAACAGCAUUACGAAUUAUCCAGGUUCUUCAUGAUAUAGCAGAGGCUGGAAAGACGGUCGUAACUACAAUACAUCAGCCAUCUAGCAGACUCUUUCACAAAUUUGAAAAAUUAAUUCUCCUUGGAAAAGGAAGCCUGCUAUAUUUUGGGAAGGCAUCGGAAGCCAUGUUUUACUUCCAAUCCAUUGGAUGUUCUCCUCUAAUUGCAAUGAACCCGGCAGAAUUCUUGUUAGACCUUGCCAACGGUAACAUAAAUGAUGUCUCCGUACCAUCAGAACUAGAUGACAAGGUGCAAACAGAGAAUUUGAAAAGCGACAACAAGAGUGAUAAACUAACCCCAAAAGAUGUACAUGAGUACCUGGUGGAAGCCUACGAGACUCGAGUUGCUGACAAAGAAAAGAAAAGGUUAUUGAUGCCAAUUCCUAUUGCUGAUGAUCUGAAGGCGAAGCUAUUGUCACCAAAUAGAGAAUGGGGAGCAAAUUGGAGACAACAAUAUUCGAUUCUAUUUUGGAGAGGACUCAAGGAAAGGCGACAUGAUUACCUGAGUUGGAUGAGAAUUACUCAGGUUAUCGCAACAGCAAUCAUCCUAGGUUUACUCUGGUGGCAGUCAGAUAGCAACACAGUAAAAGGACUGGAAGACCAGGCAGGGUUACUCUUCUUCAUUGCUGUUUUCUGGGGAUUUUUCCCAGUAUUCACAGCAAUCUUUACGUUUCCUCAAGAAAGAGCUAUGUUAAACAAGGAACGAGCUGUUGAUAUGUACAGACUAAGUGCAUACUUCAUGGCCAGAACAACGAGCGACUUACCAUUAGACCUUUUCUUGCCAGUAAUAUUUCUGCUGAUCGUCUACUUUAUGGCAGGAUUAAGACAGAGUCCAGAACCGUUCUUUCUAAGCAUGCUUACUGUUUUUCUCAGUAUUGUUGCCGCACAGGGACUUGGACUGGUAAUUGGAGCUGCUCUUAUGGAUAUGAAGAAGGCAACUACCCUAGCUUCAGUGACUGUCAUGACUUUCAUGCUUGCUGGAGGUUUCUUCGUAAAGAGAGUUCCAGUAUUCAUAUCAUGGAUCCGCUACAUCUCAUUCAACUAUCACACAUACAGGCUUCUCCUGAAAGUGCAAUAUGAUCAUGUACCACCCUAUUUAAAUGUAAAUCACCUCGACAACGGUGCCAAAGAGAUUGGUAUAAUGGUAGCUAUGAUUUUUGGGUACCGACUCCUAGCUUAUGCUUCCUUAAGGCGGAUGAAUAUUCCAAACGGUGCUUGAACAUUAGCCCAUUGGCAAAAUGACAAGGGACAAGAGAGAUGUUUCACCAUCAUCUCCUUUCUACUAUUAAACCGCAGAGCUAAUGCUUUUUUGUUCUGAAUGAGAGAACUCUAGGAUAAUUCUCAUACAAACCCAUUUUUUUCUUUUGUAGUUUUAUGGGUUUGUAAGCUAAGAAAUAGGUCUAGUAUGAACUAAAGACGAGUCAUUUAAAGUACUUUAUAAACUCUUAGUAAGGUCCUCUGCAACAAACAUCACAUUGGCAGGAGUCUCGUGUGCUAGGUGCACCCUUUUUAGGGUUUGCAAGAAAAAGCUCGAUGUUGCAAGUAUGUACUUACUGAGAGGUUUUACUAAUUUUGACAAGUUUUAUUAGAGCAUCACAGCAUAUGUUUGGUGCAUAUACACUGCCCAUAGCCAUAUUAAACUCCCUACAAGGAUAUCAAAGACAGUGAAGGAGCAAUCCUCUCAGCGAGGAAUAAUAAAAAACCUAGAAGACAUGAUGACAGUCCAAAGGCCAGGUUAGAGCUUAAAUGAUAUGGUUGAGCCGUGGACAAGUUAGAGCUUAAAUGAUCCGGUUUUGGGCAGUUCCAAAAUUGAUGUGAAAUUGAAUUAGACCAAUGAGACUGGAUCAAACACAUUUAGGGGCCGUUUGGGAUUACUUUGGUUUUUUACUUUUAUUUUUUGUUUUUAUUUUGUUUAUGUUAUUACUUAAAAUGUAACAUGUUUGGUAAGUUAUCGGUUG